CUUGCAAUGUUCACGAGAAAUUUCGAAAGGUGAACGGUGACCAUAUGCCGUUUUAGAGCGAGACCUAAUCUUUAAGACUCAUGUUGGGAUCUGAGAUAGGAGCGAGGCGUGAUAGUAUGGCCCUCAUCAUUCCGUUUGAACAGCCAGAAAUCGCCGUGAGGACACGAUCAGACUGCUGUAAUGCAGUUCACUCGUCUGUUUUCAAAGCCAACAAUUGUUGAUGGACACAGUCGUUGUUGAUUCCGAACAUUCAGCAUGCAUUGUAAAUUUUGGGGUUACUAUGGGCUUUGUCCUCAGUUUACUGACAGCCUAACCGAGAAAAAUAUGCCAGAGUCGUCAACCCAGCAAAGAUGGCUGCCUGCAACUCAACUAACAAACAGCGCAAGACGGCUGAAGACUACGGCUUUACAAGGAAGCAUACCGAUGCCCCCUCCAGUCACGGCUUCAUGAAUCCGUACCUCGACGCACAGCCACCCCUGAAUGGCGAACCGCCAUUAUCGAAUCCCCGUGCGGCCUCCAUCAAAACGGACCCGGACUCGAGGCUCACGGAGAUGCGGCAUUGCAACAUGAUUGUUAACAACUACCGGGAGGCCGUGGGUAACUUGGUGAAUUUGAGAUUCCUCGGUACUCGAUCCGUUAUCAACGACGACGCCAGGGAAUCCACCAAGACUGCAUCUGAGAAUGCCGAAAAGGACUAUACGGACCCCGGCAGCGUUGAGACCACCCUUGACGUGCCCUACUGGGACAAGUGUAUUAAGAUGAAUCCCGUUGCCCGAGGGAAGAAGAAGCUGACGGAUAAAUGGGCCAGUGAGAUGGGUGACGCUGUGAUUAAGCGACUCAUUUUCAUUUCUGAGGGAUUCCACGGGGAUGAGAAAUCUAAUCUCGGCGAACCAAAGCUGCACAUGGUUACUGAACCCCGCCGUAGCUCCGAGAUUGCUGAAGGAAAGUGAUUUCUAGUCAGUCUGCUAUUAUAGCAUGAUCUACAGGAUCUUUGAUAGAGCUCGAGUAGCCUCACCGUAGUUCGG